GCUUCCUCGCCGAGCGGCCCGAGGGGAAGGGGCGUGCGCUCGCUAGCGUGUCUGCGCUGGAGGGCGAUGGCGGGGGCGGCGAGAGUCCUGUGGCGGGAGAGCCGCCGCCGCCGCUGCUGGGGCCCAGAGGCCGCUCGAGCGACGGCGCUGGUGGGCUUCCCUCAGCUGCCGGGUUGCAGACAAAAAUCCUCACACAGUUUUCUUAGCCGUCCUGAUAAUCCAAACCUAGCCUAUCACAAGCUAAAAGGCAAGAAUCCUGGAGUUGUCUUCCUCUCAGGUUUUCUUUCAAAUAUGAAUGGUAACAAGGCACUUGCACUCGAAGACUACUGCAAAUCAGUGGGCCACGCUUUUGUAAGGUUUGACUAUAGAGGCUGUGGAAGUUCAGAAGGCGAUGUUAAAGAAUGUACGUUGGGAAAGUGGCGGAAGGAUGUACUUUCGGUAUUGGAUGAACUCACACAAGGACCACAGAUUUUAGUUGGUUCCAGUUUGGGCGGAUGGUUGAUGCUUCAUGCUGCAAUUGCUCGUCCAGAGAAGGUGGCUGCACUAGUUGGAGUAGCUGCAGCGGCAGACUAUCUAGUAUCAACUUAUCAACAGCUUCCUGUAGAGCUAAAAAAGGAAAUUGAAGAAAAAGGUGAAUGGAAGGUGCCAACCAAGCACAACGAAGAAGGGGUUUAUUCUGUGCCAUAUGGACUCAUCCAGGAAGCAGAAAAUCACUGUGUGUUAACUAGCCCUCUUCCCAUAAAAUGUCCUGUGAGGCUUAUCCAUGGCAUAAAAGAUGAGGAUGUCCCGUGGGAGACUUCUAUGAAGAUUGCAGAACGCGUUGUUAGCACAGAUGUGGAUAUUAUUCUCCGCAAAGCUGGUCACCAUCGGAUGAAAGAGAAGGAAGAUAUCAAACUUAUCAUAUACACAGUGGAAGACUUAAUUGAGGAGCUCAGCACUUAGCAUGAAUUCCCUAAUGAGAGAAGCAGAGGAAGUUUACAUGGGCUCUGUUGCUCAGUCGGGGCAGCAGGACAUUUCAGAGGGUAACUGGUCAGCUAGAUGCACUUGGAGCCCUACCAUGGUUUCCUUGCUUAGUUUUCUUCUCUUUUUUGUAAAUAUUCUUAACGAUGCAUUUGCACAAAUAAUAAUGUGAAGAAAAUGCUGCUGUUUAAACCCUUCUGCUCAAUGCAAAUCACCACUGACCCUUUUAUGCAACAUACAUUUCCUAUAUUUUUGUACCCAGGUAUUUUUGUGCCAAUGAUUACUACUUGCAGUACGGUGUGACUUUUUCACCCUUUUGUACACCUUAAAAAUAAAUAUGCAUUGUAAAGUUUUCCCACUUGAGUUGUGAAAUACAACUUGACAAGUCAAACUUUCUAGAAAUGUACCUGAAAUAUAUGUGCAAUGUUUGUUAUUUCUAGCAUGAAUGAAUGCACCUGGUUUUCAUAGUGUAGAGAGAAUGUAAGGAGAAAGCAUGCUUAAUAUUGAAUUAUUUAAAAUGGGUUUCAAUUAUUGAUGUACUUCCUAUAAAGGAGUUACAUGCCA